UUGUCGAGACUUUUUGUCCCAGUCGAGCGGUGUCAGAGACGCCGGAGCUGACUGCAUCCCUUCUCCAGGACGGGCGACCGGACAACAGCUGCUCCAAGAUGAGGUGCCACAGGGUCAUCGCCUACCUGCGGAUAUUUGGGACCACCAUGUUUGGCGUGUCUCUCCUGGUGGGCAUCUCCACGGCCUAUAUCAUGGGCUACCAGUUCUUCACUACAGCCCGCAACCAUUUAUCCUUUGGCCUGUACGGUGCCAUUUUGGUCAUCCACCUCAUUAUCCAGAGCCUCUUUGCGCUCUUGGAGCACCGGAACAUGAAGCGGUCCUUAGAGACGCCUAUCAAAUUGAAUAAAUCACUAGCGCUGUGCAUUGCAGCGUAUCAAGAGGACCCAAACUACCUGAGGAAGUGCCUGGUAUCGGUGAAGAGGCUGACAUACCCGGGGAUCAAAGUAAUCAUGGUGAUCGACGGGAACACGGACGAUGACCUUUACAUGAUGGAGAUAUUCAAAGAGGUCAUGGGAUGGGACAAAUCAGCGACGUUCGUGUGGAGGAGUAACUAUCACUACAAAGGGCCUGAGGAGACAGACGAGAGCUACGCCGAGAGUCUGCAGCAGGUCUCCAGGCUGGUGCUGAGCAACAAGUGUGUCUGCAUCAUGCAGAAGUGGGGAGGGAAGCGAGAAGUCAUGUAUACAGCCUUCAAAGCACUGGGGAGGAGCGUGGACUAUGUGCAGGUGUGUGACUCUGACACCAUGCUGGACCCGGCAUCAUCCGUGGAGAUGGUGAAGGUUCUAGAAGAAGACCCCAUGGUGGGAGGCGUUGGAGGAGAUGUACAGAUCCUAAAUAAGUAUGAGUCAUGGAUCUCCUUCCUGAGCAGUGUACGGUACUGGAUGGCCUUCAACAUUGAGCGGGCGUGCCAGUCCUAUUUCGGUUGUGUCCAGUGCAUCAGUGGGCCCUUGGGAAUGUACCGGAACUCCCUCCUGCAUGAGUUCCUUGAGGACUGGUACAACCAGACCUUCAUGGGAUCCCACUGCAGUUUUGGGGAUGAUCGCCAUCUCACAAACAGGGUCCUCAGCCUCGGGUAUGCAACCAAAUACACGGCACGAUCAAAAUGCCUCACUGAGACACCGAUCACAUACCUGCGCUGGCUUAACCAGCAGACUCGGUGGAGUAAGUCGUAUUUUAGAGAGUGGCUCUACAACUCCAUGUGGUUCCACAAGCACCAUUUGUGGAUGACCUAUGAGGCCGUAAUCACAGGGUUCUUCCCAUUUUUCCUCAUCGCCACUGCAAUACAGCUUUUCUACCAAGGAAGGCUCUGGAAUAUUCUGUUAUUCCUCCUUAUCGUCCAGGCAGUGGCUUUGAUCAAGUCGUCAUUCGCCAGCUGCCUCCGAGGCAACAUUGUUAUGGUGUUCAUGUCAUUCUAUUCUGUAUUGUACAUGUCAAGCCUGUUGCCAGCCAAAAUGUUUGCAAUAGCAACGAUCAAUAAAGCUGGAUGGGGGACCUCGGGGAGGAAAACGAUCGUGGUGAACUUCAUCGGCCUGGUUCCCAUAUCGGUUUGGUUCACCAUCCUCUUCGUUGGGAUUAUUUACACAAUAAUCCAGGAGACUAGAAAACCUUUUCCUGAAUCUGAGAAGAUUGUUCUGAUCAUAGGGGCAAUUGUAUACGCCAGUUACUGGGUCAUGCUUCUGACAUUGUAUACAGUCCUCAUAAAUAAGUGUGGGAAGAGGAAAAAGGAAACACACUAUGAUAUGGUGCUGGAUGUAUGA